CAUACUGCAAGCCUGCGGGUGCUCCACUCCAUCUGGUGGUCUGGCGCGACCUUCUGGGUAUCCAGAAUUCCGUAAACAAUCAGCUCUUGGGAUACUUCCCCAGUUCCCAAUUGUUUGCCCGCCAAAAAGGCGUCGAUUUGAUUUAUUGACGGACUGUGCGUGUUCGGGGGUGUCGUGAUUAUAUAAAUUUCAAUUGCACAACUAAAUCGACGAGCAGCAUGGGAGCGCAGACUGAAUAGUUCCUAAUUCAUUAUCCGUUGCAAGCGAAAUGUUAAAAUGAGUUUCAUCCAUCCCGACGUUGGAUUAAUGCGAUCGGCUGCAAAUCUCCCGAGUUCGAUGGCGGAACCCAAGUCGAAAUCGGAGGAGGAUCGCAGGAGCCCCUCGAACGAUCGAGUAGAGAUUAAAAUCGUCAUGCUCAAAGUUCAGGCAGAGUCCCCGCUACUGCCCCUGAAGGAGGACGAGCCGUCGCCCCCUCGAGCUCCGAGUUCCCCGCACAUAUCAGCCAGUAGGUCACCCCACCAGCUCAGCACCCAAGUCGGCGACCUCGAGCCGCACCCACCACCCACUUCCGCGCCCAGCGAGCUCACCCACCGCCCCAACUCCCUGCCGCCCAGCAGCGAAAGUCCGGGGGAGAGGCCAACAACAACAGCACUAGCAACAACAACAACAACCAUCACGAGGGAGCGUUCUACAAGGACCUCACAGGCAAGGAGCUCCCCCAAAAACGGGCAGCAGCACGAGUACCAGCUGUACCCCAACGACACCUUCGCCCGACUGGAAGGAAAGGCCCCGAGGCCGAGCACCAAGAUGCAGACGAAGGUGGACGCCGUGGGCAGGAUCACCGGGCCGUGGGGCAAGUGGCAGCUGCGCACGGUGCUGCUGAUCUUCCUCUGCAAGAUUCCCUCCUCCUGGUUCAUGGCCUGCAUCAUUUUCACGGCUCCGGCGCCGCGGCACGGAGAGUUCUUCUGCAAGCCGCCGAACACGAUCGGCGCCCAGAACCAGACGCAAUGGAUCAAGGUGUCGCAUCCGCAGAAGGAGGAGAGCGACGACCAGGAGUUCAGCAUCGACUUCUGCAACGUGUAUCAGGACGCGCAGGAGCACGCCCACCACUACUACAACUACGAGAACAGCGAUCAGGAGCCGCGCGUGUGGGAGAAGCCCCUGCACCGCAACUCCAACGUGAUCCCCUGCACCGAGUUCCAGCACGAGUCCGACUACCACUCGGUGGUCACCCAAUACGACCUCGUCUGCUCCCGGGACAUCCUCGUAUCGGUCACGCAGUUCUUCCACCUGUUCGGCGUCCUCACGGGCGGCAUCCUCGCCAACCAGCUGCUCAAAUAUUUUAGUCCGCGAAACGUGAUGCUCUUUGGCAUGAUUUCGCAGAUAUUUUGCGGCAACCUCACGGGGCACGUGGCCUCCUACGAACUGCACGUGUUCUUCCGCUGCCUCUCCGCCGUGUGCUGUGCCCAGAUGUACACCGCCGGCGGCCAGAUCAUGGCCGACAUAACCGCUGGCAAGUACCGCACCUGCGUCUCCACGCUCUUCGAGCAGUUCUGGUCAAUCGGCGUGAUGAUGCUGCCCGGGGUAGCGAGCUUCUGGUCCAGCUGGUCCCACCUCUACAUGGCCAUCUCGUGGCCCACUGUGAUACUCAUCUAUCUGUGGCAAUGGAUUCCCGACUCGCCGCGCUGGCUGAUCGCCCGCGGACGCACGCAGGACGCCAAGAAGAUCCUGCUGGAGUGCGCCGAGGUGAACGGGACGAGGUACAACCUGCCCCACGACAUCGACCAGCAGUUGGAGCUGCAGGCACAGACGGCGAUGGACGCGCCCCCGCCCAGUGGGUGGUGGGCGAUGUGGAAAGGCGAGCGGGCGGUGCGGCACAUAGUGUGCGUGCACCUGGCCUGGUCGCUCUACAUUGUGGUCUACUACGGCAUGCUGCUCAACAUCCGCUCCUUCAGCCGCGACCACCUGUACAUCAACACCUUCGUGGCGGGCUUCAGCGAGAUGAUGGGCACCUUCUUCGGGCUCUUCCUGAUCCUGCGGACCACGCGCAAGUGGUUGUGGGCCGGGCUUUUUAACGUCGUCGCGGGAUGCAUCGCCUACUGCGGCUGGCUGGUGCCGAAGCCCAGUGUGAUCGGACUUGACCCGAACGUGGCACUGCUGAUGUGCUCGGCCAUGGUCUCCAAGAUGGCCAUAUCCACGACGCUCAGUAUUCUGACUACCUGCACGGUGGAGCUGGUCUCGGACGACAAAAAGAAAAUCACCUCCUUCUCCACCAUUUGCUGGGCUCGUUUCUGGCUGCUCGGAGCGCCCUUCAUCGGGUCCACGGUGGUCUUCGGUCAGCUCAUACCCCAGACGGCGUUCGCCUCCCUGGCGAUUCUCGGCGGUCUGUGCACCGCCCUCAUCAGUAGUCCCAGGACACAUCCCAUCUCAAGGCCAUCUCCCGCCUCGCCGGCCGCUCAGGGGGCCCAAAACAUGGCCUCUCAGUUCACCAUCAUCGACGGCAUGGACAACAAGGGCUACACGCCCAGCGCCAAGCCGAUCCACUCGAACAGCGUCAUCAAGAAACUGACCACGCCGCAAUCUAAUCUACCUCCUCAACUGAUGCCCGGCAUUUGGACGACCAAGAUCAACGAGGACGGGCCACCACUGUGAGCAGCGCUCCGAGGAUAAAGUGUGUAAAAGAUGAGGGGUUGGGCUUAAAAAUCAUCUUCUCAGCCAAGGUUAGGAUGUCAAAUAAGCUAUUUAGUAAGGUGAAAUUGGAAGAGCAGAUGCUAUUGCUAACCUCGGUUUGGUUCACUUUGGUGGCGCUGUGACUUGAAAACUGCAGUCUACAAAUUUGGUAUAAACUAUAUAAUUAUAGCCCGAGAACAUUAGGGGCAUAUUUUUACAAGCAACUUUCCCAAAGGAAAAUGGCAACUUAAGUCCCAGAUAUUUGCACACUAAAGUAGGAACUCAACUUUUCCCUCAAAAUUAGGAAUGCUCAAGCGAAUUAACUAUCUUAAGCACAAGAAGACAAAGGUACAUUUUUAAGUAGGUAAACUCUUAAGCUUAAAGCUGUGGAAUAGAAUCUUUAACCAAAUUCUUUGAAAGGGAAUGGACGUUGGGAAACUGAAGUAGUAGUGCGAUGAAACGGAAAACAUUUUCUUUUCUUUUUCUCUAAUUUAAGAAGUUAGUUGCUUAGGAAACCCGGAAGGCCAUAAAAGCACUCGAGUCUGGGAUUAACUUCAGCGCAGCCAUAAAUAGUAGUCUUCUAAGUAAGUAGGUCAAGUGUGGAACUCGCCUUGGGUCAAGCCCAGUAUUAAGCAGUCACUAUUGAACCAGAACAGAACCGCACCGAAUCCAACCUCAUGUAGAACCCUCUGCACAGUCAAGCCAACCUUCAAUGGUGAUCCUUCUAAAGGCCUAUGGUUCCACAUUUAAGUGAUUGUGUUGCAAACACCUGGAGAGAAUUACAUGAAAAGACAUAUAAGAGUAGUUAAACAAUAAUUACGGAUAAUGAUAUGGACAGUUUUAAUUAAUUAUCUUUAUCAAUGAUAAUACAACUACUGAAUUGCAUAGAAGAAAACAAUAAUUUUAGAGUACCCAUUACUUACUUUAUUACCGUUAUGUAUUAUUAUUAUCAAUUACCAAGCUAAUUUAAUUCGAAUCAAUUAGUAGUUUUUCGGGUCCUACGUACACACAUAACUAUGAAUGUAGAAUAUGUUUAAAGUUGAAACCUCUAGUGAAUACGCUUAGCAAAGUGUUGAAUGUUAUCAGAUAAUGGUUACUAUAUGAAAGGAAAUGUUAUACAUGGCAAAAGAGCAAUAUUUUUCUAAUAAAGCAUCCCAUAAAUACAA